AGCUAAUGAGCGCCAGACUCGUCCGAGUUUCUUUGACAGUACAUUAUAGACUUGCCGAGGUGUCGUUUCUUUGAUUCCGCUUGCUUGGGCAAGCCAGGGCAUUGUUGCUUCUUUGGUUUCUAGCUUUAUUUUCCAAACAAGCAUUCGCAAACAUGAAACAGUUCGCCUUCAUUGUUGCCGCGAUUCUCCUCUUUACAGGAUUCGCAACAGCAUCGGAAAUUAUUAAUCAGGAGUUGGGCAGUAUCGAUGAUGAUCUUGGUGCCAGUCGGGAGGCCUUAAGGACAGAUGAACAAGUUGUUCAGAGAGAGGCGGAAGCUAUUAACAUUGAUGGGCUAAAUGUAUCGCAAGUAAAAGAAUUAAGAGAUAAGGCAGAAAAGUUCCAAUUUCAAACCGAAGUUAAUAGAAUGAUGAAGCUUAUCAUUAAUUCUUUGUAUCGUAACAAGGAAAUUUUCCUUAGGGAAUUGAUAUCUAACGCAUCGGAUGCAUUAGAUAAAAUUCGACUCCUGUCUCUAACCGAUAAGAAUAUUCUGGAAUCCAACCCUGAAACAUGCAUAAGGAUAAAGGCCGAUGUAGAAAAUAAGAUACUCCGUAUUUCAGAUUCUGGUAUCGGUAUGACUAAGAAAGAUCUUAUAAAUAAUUUGGGCACCAUAGCUAAAUCGGGUACCGCAGAAUUUUUGGGCAAAAUGCAAGAUACGUCUAAUACUCAAGAAAUGAACGAUAUGAUUGGACAAUUUGGUGUUGGAUUUUACUCUGCUUUCCUUGUGGCCAAUAGAGUAGUAGUCACUACCAAGCAUAACGACGAUAAGCAGUACAUAUGGGAAUCUGAUAGUGCAAACUUCAAUAUUAUCGAAGAUCCUCGAGGCGAAACGCUUAAAAGAGGAACUACUAUAGAAUUGUACUUAAAGGACGAGGCAUCUGACUUUUUGGAAGAAGACACCAUCAAAAAUCUUAUCAAGAAAUACUCUCAAUUUAUUAAUUUCCCUAUUUAUAUGUGGAACAGUAAAACUAUCGAUGUCGACGAAGAAGUAGAAGAGAAAGAGGAGAAGACAGAGGACGAAGAAAAGAAGACAGACGAGGAAGAUGCGAAGGUAGAAGAUGUUAGCGAAGAAAAAGAAAAGAAAAAAGUUAGCAAGACCGUUUGGGAUUGGGAAUUAUUGAAUGACUCUAAGCCUAUUUGGACUAUAAAGCCUUCAGAAAUUACCGAUAAAGAAUACCAUGAUUUCUACAAAUCUUUAACAAGCGAUGCUCAGGACCCAUUGGCUAAGGUACAUUUUGUUGCGGAGGGGGAGGUUACUUUCAAAUCCUUGUUAUACAUACCUAUAGUUCAACCUAGCGAUAGCUUUAACCGUUAUGGAACCAAAAAUGAUAAUAUUAAAUUAUACGUCAGAAGGGUUUUCAUUUCUGAUAAAUUUAAUGACUUAAUGCCAAAUUAUUUGGCAUUCAUUCAAGGUAUCGUUGACAGUGAUGAUCUUCCAUUAAACGUUUCCCGAGAAAAUCUGCAACAACACAAGCUUAUUAAGAUUAUUAAAAAGAAAUUAAUACGUAAAGUUCUUGAUAUGAUAAAAAAGAUUCCAAAAGAGACUUACGAUGCUUUCUGGAAGGAAUAUAGUACAAACAUCAAAUUGGGUAUUAUCGAAGAUUCUCAGAAUCGUGCUAGAUUGGCAAAAUUACUGAUGUUCCGGACAUCCGCACAGGAUGGAUAUACGUCUCUGCCUGAUUACGUUUCUCGUAUGAAGCCAAAUCAACAUCACAUUUUCUAUAUUGCUGGAUCUAAUAUUGACGAGGUUAAGAAAUCUCCGUUUGUUGAACGUUUAUUGAAGAAGGGUUAUGAAGUUUUGUAUUUGGUCGAAGCUGUUGAUGAGUACGCACUCUCAUCCGUACCAGAGUAUGAUGGGAAGAAAUUCCAAAAUGUUGCCAAAGAAGGAUUUUCUCUUGACGAAGGGCCCAAGUCUGCGGAAAGAAAACAAGAACUUGAAAGCACAUUCGAAGUUCUUGUUAAAUAUUUCAAUGAUAAUCUUAAGGAUUAUAUUAGUAAAGCUCAAAUAUCGGAGCGUUUGACUAAUUCUCCAUGUGCUCUUGUAGCUAGUAUGUUUGGAUGGACUGGAAACAUGGAAAGACUUGCAAUAUCUAAUGCGCAUCAAAAGGCAGACGAUCCACAGAAGAGUUAUUACUUGAAUCAAAAGAAGAUUCUGGAAAUUAAUCCGCACCAUCCACUUAUCAGGGAAUUAUUACGAAGAGUGGAAGAAGACAAAGAGGAUGAAACUACAAAGAAAAUGGCUUUAAUGAUGUUCCAAACGGCUACGCUCAGAUCUGGUUAUAUGCUUAAAGAAACGGCAAGCUUUGCAGAAAAUGUCGAGAUGCUUAUGCGUAAAUCAUUAGGUAUCCCAUUAGACGAACUUCCUGACGAUAAUAACGACGAUGACUUUUCUGAUGAUAUUAAUGAGACUGAGAAUGAAUCUGAUAUCGAUGGCGAUGAAAAUACAAAAGAAAGUGAAGAACAUGAUGAACUGUAAAGAAAUAAAGAAGAAAAAUUGUUUAAAACUUUUUCUUGACUAUGCAAUGCAUAGCUUAUACUAUGGACGUGAAUAUUUUUGCAGCGUUUAAAGUUGCAUGUACUUUUUAUUAUAUGAGAAAUAAUUCUGAAUUUUUGCAUAAUUGUUAUUGAAUAUACAUUAAAC